ACUAUCGUGUCUAACCAGAACUCAGUUCGUGCAGUAACAUAAUUAAAUACUGGAAAGCGAACGAAUGAAGGAUAUUUUAAAUGAUUAACCAAUCUAGCUAAAUAUAAUGCAUGGGUAGCAAGAUUUGACACUAGGCUCCCGUGUCAUGCAAAGUAGGCCAGGACUUGUCACCACCUGUCACUAGUCCGUCCAGCAGAUUAAGUACAUUUUAUCCCUCACUUUGGCAGUGAACGUCGACUGGAGCACUGAACUUCUUGUGUGAGUAGAAAAUUAAUUCGAAAAUGGAAGCCACAUACCGGCAGGAGCGGGAAUGGCUCAAUGACCGCGGUCCCAUUAAUGGCAAUGGUACUGCUUACUAUGGUGAAUAUGGCAACCAUCGCGGCAUCGGUGGCUUUUCUGGCCAAUUGGGCCAAUCCCAGAACCCGAAUCAAAGCCACAUGGGUCGCAAUUUGAGCGGCUGGCCCUUGCCGUCCGUGCCCUCGGACUACCAAUCCCCGCAGGCCAACUCAAACUGGAGCCGCGACCGACCCACCUGGAACAACGAAAUGCGUCGCGACGUCCCGUAUCAAGCUGAGCCAGCCAACACCAUGAAUCGCUCGUGGUCCGGCAACGGUGGUCCCUCCAACGGCGGCCCUGCCAAUGCCAGCCAGUGGUCUAAUCCGAACCCAAAAAAGCAGUCCAUGCCGUUGCCACCGGAGGAUAGGGGCCUGCCGGACCACAUUCUCAAGGAGCUUUCGCACCUUAGCGCCGCCAAGCGCAAGUGGUUCUUUCACUAUGUGGACAUGGGCUUCAGCAAUGAGAAGGCCCUCGCCAGGGCCUCGGAAAAACGCACCGGUCCGGCCGAGAGGUACGACAAGUCAGUUUCGACUGAUCGCGGACGCAGGCGUCCGGAGCUGCCGGUUCCGGGUGAUCGUGUUCGCAAGCGUCCGAACGAAGAAAACUUGUCGGGCGGUAGGGCCAGAGAGGAACCCAAGAAGCAGCGAGCCCCGGACCCGUCUUCAAGGGCACUGGGCUCCAAGCAAAAUGGUUUUACCAUGGCAGUAAUGGCGGAAAAUUAUCCCGAUUGCGUGCUCACUAAUAAGCAACUGCAUGAGAUCGAAGACGGUCUUGUGGAGGAAAUGAAAAAGGGUUGGAAGUCCAGCAUCAACUUUGGGGGCAUCCAAUUCCUUUCCGGACUGAUCCAAAUCGUCUGCAUGGACAAGAACUCCCGCCAAUGGCUGGAACAUGCGAUUAACAAGCUGCCAGUGUUACCGGAGAUUAAACUAAUUUGUUGUCCGGAGGAUGAGAUCCCGGCCACCAAGGGAAUUACUGUCUACGUACCGCGCUCAGCUGAAGAGCCCGAUACGGUCACGUUUGAACUUUUGAAAGACCAGAAUACCGAUCUCCUGUCGAAAACUUGGGAAGUCGGCCGUAUUAGCAAGACCAAAGAAGGCAAGCUGGUGGCCAUCAGCAUUGGCAGCAAGUCAUACAAACUGCUGCAGAAGAAUGGCUUUUGCCUUAGCUACCGUUUUAACCAGCUAACUUGCCGCGAGAUGAGAGGCAAGGAAGCCCUUAAGGCUGUUCGCGUUAACCAGCCGGAGGAAACGAAGCCCAAUUCAGAAGCUGAGGCUGCCGAGUGCAUCGCCGACUCAGCUGAAAUUGACUUAACCGAGGAGGACGGAGAAGAGUUCAUUUCACAACUUGACCUCACCGUUGUGGACGAGGUUAAGGGAGAUGAUGAUGAUGAUGAGAACGAGAAUGAGAUAUCUGAAGUUCAAGACGAUGUAGAAGAGGUAGCUGAAGAUCAACACGAUGAUUUGGAGAUCAUUGAAGGCAAGAAAGGCGUAGACGAUGAUGUACAGGUCAUUGAAAUGGAGCGCGAUGAAGAGGAGAACAAUGAUGACACUGCUGAUGGGGAGUGCGAAGUUGUGGAAAGUUCUGGGGAAGAGCAUCAGGAGCAGGAAAAUAGUGGCAAUGCAGAGGUGGUUGAGGAUGAGGCAUGCUCCUCGGAAGCAACCCUCACUGAGGGCUAAGGGGUUCUCAAGAUAAUUGGAGCGCAUUAAUCAAAUAGGAACAUUUUAAAAUGAACAAUUUCUUGAUAACACUAGACAUAUUUGGCAUUAGAAUUUACCGGCAAGAAACUCAUGGUCUUUACACAACGAACACCAGUUUCGUGCAACUAAGUGACUUCUUACUACAGUAUCUGGACAUACUGCCUCCCAUUAAGAUUAGGCAUCAUAUUAUGAUAUACACCAAAGAAUUAUGGAAUAUGUUUUUCAAUAAACACUUGCCAUCACAUU